GACGACCUCAGGUAGUAGCUCAGGUAUUUCCAGUCGAGGAUGAGUGCGACUUGAGCACAAGUUCUAUUCACAUUAAAAUAUACAUUUUAAAAACUACUUGUGUGCGUAUAAGUAUGCGAGUCUUGUAAAUAUAUACAUAUAGAUAAACAAAAAUGCCGUACUACAACAGUGGCCACAGCUCUUCGCCCUAUUCCAAAGAUGUGCCGAGUGGACCAUCGAAUUCAUCUGGAAGCCGCAGCGGCGGAACCGAGCCGACCUACAUGAUGGAGCACUUGGCCACUUUCACAGUCACUAAAGACACGGGAAUUGUCUACCCGGCUGACGGUAUGCGUCGUCUUCUUCAGCUAGAAAAGAGCAAUGGAAUAUGGAGUCAAAAAAUGCAGUUACGUCUCGAGCGUAAUUGGGUUCUAAUUAUGGAUAAUGAAACUGGGGCGGUCAUGGAACGAUUUCCAGCCGCAUUGAUACAAGAACCGACGGCCUUCACAUCUCGCGAUCCGAUGGAGAUGUACAACAACAUACUGGUCUUCACUGUUGGAGAUGACAGUGGUUCUGGUCAGCGGGCAGAGAUGCAUAUCUUCCAGUGCCAAAGUAUAUCCGCUCAGGACCUGGUUGAAGACUUGAAGAUGCUGCAAAUGGGAAAGUUAGUACCCGGAGGGUCACCACGUGGUCCCAGAGGACAGAUACCACCUCCACCGGCACUCCCGCCACCAGAGCCACCUCUCAAUGGUGUCAAUGUUCGUGAGCAGGUCUCAGCAUUUAAUGCCAAUGGUCCAAAUGAUCGUGAGGAAAAUAAUGAUGAGGUGUCAUCGACAUCUUCGGAAAAAUAUGAACGUGACGUGACAAUACUCAAUCAUUGUUUUGAUGAUAUAGAGAAAUUUAUCGCGCGGUUGCAGCACGCGGCAGCGGCAUCUCGUGAAUUAGAAAGAAGACGUCGGAAUCGUAAGAGUAAGAAGCGAAAUUUAGGAGACGGUAUGCUAACGAUGAGAGCAAAGCCACCGCCGGAAAUUGAAUUUAUUGACAUAUUCCAAAAAUUCAAGCUGUCAUUUAAUUUAUUGGCUAAACUAAAAGCUCAUAUUCAUGAUCCAAAUGCACCUGAACUCGUCCACUUUCUAUUUACCCCACUGGCAUUAAUUGUUGAUGCGUCGCAUGACACUAAUUACGACACAAACCUACCAAGCAAAGUUGUGUCACCGCUGCUGACGCGCGAAGCCGUCAAUUUGCUGAUAAACUGCGUGACCAGCAAGGAAACCGAACUCUGGCAUUCCCUUGGCGACACUUGGUUGGUCCCACGUGACCAGUGGAAAGGUCAUGUGCCGCCUUACCACCCGAUCUUCAUGGACGGUUGGUCACCAGAGUACCCCAUCCCCGAGGAUCGCGAUCACGAUCAUCUGGCCUCGCUGCUCAAUGCCGACAAACAAAAACGCGACGAAAUUCCCGAGCAGCAGGCGGAUAAUUACUACAACCACAGAGAUGUCGAGGAGUCGCACUACAGCAGCGACUACUUGGAGUACGAGAGCCGCGAGGAGCGCGGUAACGAUUACUUUGACAGAAAUUACGGGCCAGGCUCGGAGUUAUACAGCAGAGAAGACCGAGAGAGAGUGGAUCAGACACGUGCGCACAGUGACAUUUCCGUGGACUCAAUCGAGCGCGGACCGCGGGGAACUCCAGCGAUUGAUCGGGCUCAGGAGGCUUGGCUUGAUGACUUAUUGGCCAAGAAUGCUAAAAUUGUGCAAGUAACUUAUCCCCGUACGGCAAAUAAUGACAAAGAAUUGACAGUUGUAAGAGGAGAGUACUUGGAGAUUCUCGAUGACAGCAGGAAUUGGUGGAAGGCCAGAAAUUCCCGGGGAGUGGUCGCUCAUGUUCCUCACACCAUUGUCGCCCCCCACAAUCAAAACCAUGCCGGUGAUAACGAUGUUUUUAACAACCCGUUGUACACCACGAGAUACCAGAGACAAGGGCACGGUUACAACUACGAGGACUCAGAGAUAGAAGGCACUAGUACUAGUCCUGGACCGGAAGCGACUCACAGACCCCACACAAUUCCACCACCGGCACCCGCUGACUGGGUGCGCAAAGAACGGCUGGGUAAGAAAGCUUUUUUCGCUUCCUGUAUAAAAUUUAUUGUCAGCAAAGAUGAGUCGAGUAAAGAAGAUAAAAAUAUUUUUAAAAAUCAGCCAACGGUUCCUCCUCCGCCUCCGUUACCUAUUCCUUCAGCUCCAUCGGAAGUCAAUUCUGUUGAUUCAAGUAGAAGCAGUACUUUGAAAAGUAAUUCUUCUUUGAAUGAAGAAUCGUCUAGUAAAAAUCAAAUGCACAAAGAAUUAAAAUAUGUAUUAACUCUAUUUCGGGAUAAAAAAAAACACCUUGAAGUUGUUAAGACACCGGAAAUAUUUAUUGACCAGCAAUCGACGCCAAGCGAAGUUCAAAACUGGCUGUCUGCUAAAGGUUUUUCUGAUAAAAUAUGUAAACAAUUAAAAGGAAUGACUGGCUCUGAAUUAUUUAGUCUCACAAAAAGACAAUUGGAACAGUACUGUGGUCUAGUUGACGGAAGAAGAUUAGACGGGCAGUUAACUCUUUCGAGAAAUGCUUCAGGCUAUCACACAGCAAGAACACAUGAAUUGAAACAAAUACUCGAGAAAGCGAGGAAGAAAGUCGAGGAAACUCAUAUUGAAGGUUGAUAACAAACCUUGAAAAUUUUUUGCUCAAUGAAAAUAAAUAUAACCCGUGUAGAAAAAUUAUUGUUCAUAAUGAAUUUAAAUAUAAAUUUCAUCUCGAAACUCAGAUCGUGACACAAAUAUGACUUUCAUCAUGAAUUUUUAUCAUCAACUUCAAUUACGUCAAAAUUAUGACAGUAAAAUUUAAAUCCAAGUGAUCCGAAGUUCAUUCACUAAAUUAAUUUUUCAAUCGAUAAAUAUGACAAAAUUCUAUCGAAGUCAUCCCAAGUCCAUUUCAAAGACGUAAUUAAUUAAUUUUAUAAUUGGUACUGAUUUACUAGACGAAAAGUUGGAGUAAAUUUAUGAUGAAAGUCAUAUUUGUGUCACGUUCUGAGUUUCGUCAUGAACUUCAGACCUAAAUUCAUUAUGAACAAAAAUUUUUUUUACUUAAGGGCAUUCUUAGCCAGUGCCCCCCACUUUUUAAAAAUUUUCAAUGACUUUCAAUGACAACUGUCAUAAGCGUACCAAAUUUUUAUCAAUUAAUUAAAAAAAAAUUAAAGCAUUAAUUGAAAAAAGGACAACGUAGUCGUAAUUUCGAAUUUUUAAAAAAUUACUUACAAUUGAUAUCAAUUGAGAGUUAAACGAUAUUCGUUGAAUAAAUUUUAGCCGCCAAAAUUUAAAAAUUCGAAUUAUAAAAUUGACAUGACGAUUUCACUGAAAUUUAUUUAACGAAUUUUGUUCAACUCCUAAUUGGUAUCAAAUGUAAAUAAUUUUUUUAAAAAUCUAUAUAUCGGCAAAAUUAAUUCUACGUUGUUCUUUUUUCAAUUAAUGCUUUAAUUUUUUUUUAAUUAAUUGAUAAAAAUUUGGUACGCUUAUGACAGUUGUCAUUGAAAGUCAUUGAAAAUUUUUAAAAAGUGGAGAGCACUGUCUGAGAAUGGCCUUAAGUAUCAAUAAAAAUGUCUUAAUAUUUUUAAAUCGGCCUGUGAUUAAUUCAUAGAUAAUUAAUUAUGAUUAAUAAUCGAUAAUUGUUACAAAAAACUGAUAUUUUGAGUGUAAUUAUAACCGGCGUCAAAACUAGUGGGAAAUGAACCAAUAAGAGCUCUGGGAAAUAUUUUGACUCGGUUUAAAAUUUUUAAAAAAAUAAUUUUGAUAAGUAGAUAUAAGACUGCUGUCAAUUAAUGAAUAAUUGAAUAAUUAAUUUGCUGGUUAGUCAUAAUAUUAAAUAAAUAAACUCAUGCAGUAAUUACUCAUAUAAUUAUUAUUGUUAUUAUUAUUUUAUUGUAUGUUAAUAUAUUUAUUAAAAGCAAUCACAUACAUUUAUAACAGAUAUAAAUAAAUGUACUCUAAAGUUGUAUCGUUAAAUAUAUAGAUUCAACUGUUAAUAAUAUAUAAAUAUAUUAAUUAGUAAUUAAUUAAUAAUGUAUAUUUUUGUUAAUGUCAAAUGUCAUAUAAUAUAUGUAACCAAAUAAUUACUCAGCGUAAGCCACCUUUUAAGUAAACACUUUUCACCCUCAGCAUUCUCCUUUCCUUUUAAAAUUUCAUGGUAUGCACGUAGACCUCAAUUAAUUUUAAAGUACAAUAAAUUCAAUUUAAUUGCCAACCAAAAUUCAAUCAGGCACCAUUUGUUCUCUACGCGAGUUUCACUUUAUAUCAAAUUAUCCGUAAAAAAUUUACCAAAUGUAAAUAAAUUUAAAAUGCGAUUGCGAGUCAGUAGAAAAGUUUUUUUUCUAUACUACUUUAGUUGCCUUCUUCUUAUUACUAUUAUUAUUUUAUUUAUUAUUAUUGUUUUGGUUUAAUACAUUUAAGGUUCGUGAUAUAUAUUUGGAGUAAAAUACCCACAGUGACUGCACUCGAAUAAAAUAAUUAUCCGAGAUGCAGGAAAUAUAAAUAAUCAAGUAGAUUUGAACUCUGCACGAUAACUAUUUAUUUAUUUAAUACCAAACUGUCAAUUGAACACCGAUAUGUCGAUGGUAAAAAUUCUUGGCUGCUUUUUUAUUUAUUUUUUUUUAAAUAUUUAAUUACAAUUAUUUUAAAUCCUGAUAUCAGUGCAGAGAAAUCUACUUAUCUUAAAUCCAUAUGACGUAUGAACAUCUUUGAUUAUCAUUUAUUAUUAUUAGGGACAA